CUGCCUGACAACCUUGGCAGGUUCAUUUGUAAAAUCCAAAGAUCCGAUCAGCAUCUCAUCUGCGAUAUUAAGACAUUGCUUUUUGUUGUGGGACUACCAUGUCUCACACGAAGCAGGCAGGAAAUGCCCAAGAAGAAGCAACCAGCAAAUCAUCAGGUUCCAAAACACUUGCUCUGACAAUCUGCUGUGCUGCAAUCGGAGGCACCUUCGAGUAUGGAUACAAUAUAUCGAUCAUCAAUUCUCCCACCAUCUACAUCCAGACGUUCAUCAAUGAUACCUACACAGAACGCAGUGGGUCAAGCUUGGCGACCACUCACGUGACUCUGGUUUGGACUCUUAUAGUAUCAGCUUUCCCACUGGGAGGUCUCGUCGGGGCCCUUCUUGCUGGACCAAUGGCAGUGCGCGUUGGAAGGAAAAAGUCUCUUCUCUUCAAUAACUCAUUUUUGCUCCUAGCGUCUGUUUUUGUUCUGCUGUGCAGAGUUGCAAGAUCAUUCGAGAUGAUCAUCUUGGCUCGGUUCCUGGUGGGCAUUAAUUCAGGGGUCAGUAUGAAUGUCCAGCCGAUGUACUUUGGGGAAAGCGCCCCGAAACAUCUCAGGGGCGCUGUGGCGUUUUCAUCUGCUGUUUUCACGGCCUUUGGGAUUUUCUUAGGUCAAGUUGUGGGACUGACGGAGGUGUUGGGAACAGAACCUCUCUGGCACUACUUACUCGCCAGCAACAUGCUUCCAGGGUUAAUCCAGAUGCUGACGCUACCCUGGUUCCCGGAAAGCCCUAGAUAUCUUCUCAUCGACAGGGGGGACAGAGAAGCGUGCGUUCGGGCACUUGAACGACUCCGUGAUGGCGGUAAUCCAGAUCUGGAGAUACAGGAAAUACUAGAAGAACAGCAAAAGUAUUCCGAUCUUGGCUCUGCAGCUUCUGCUAAAACACCCUUGUCGCUUUUUAAGGAUCCCGACCUACGAGCUCAACUCUGGACUGUCAUGGUGGCGAGCAGCGCCAUGAUGCUCUGCGGCAAUGACUCCAUCUACUUCUACGCGUCCUACAUCUUCCUUCAGGCGGACAUCCCUGCUGAUAAAAUCCAAUACGCCACUAUCGGCACAGGCGCGUCUGAACUGACCGCUUCCAUCUUGAGCAACCUUUUGAUCGAACGAGUCGGCCGCAGGUGUCUCCUGGUUGGCGGCUACACUCUUAUGUCGUGUUGGUCCAUCGUCUUCACCGUCGCUCUCACGCUCCAAAAACAAGGAGUCGAAGGAAUGCCUUACCUCAGCAUGGCGUGCGUGUUCGCCUAUAUCCUUAGCUUCGGCUUGGGCCCGGCUGGCGUUACCGGGAUCCUGCCUGCGGAGAUUUUCGACCAAUCAGCUCGUCCGGCGGCUUACAUGGUCGCCGGAUCGCUCAUGUGGCUCAGUCUGUUCUUAGUAGGAAUGAUUUUUCCCUUCAUCGUCAAGAGCUUGGGUAGCCUUUGCCUGCUGCCGUUCUUAGCUGUAUGUUUACUGUCGGCCGUGUUUUUAGGGAUCAUGGUCCCGGAGACCAAAGGCAAGAGCCUGGCUGAGAUCACAGAAGAAUUCGAUAAAAAGAAUAAACGGAAAAUACGGGCAAAACGAUUGGACGAGCCAACGGAGGAGUUCAACAUGCAGGCGGAAGUCACCAGCUUCUCUUCCUUACCAGAAGGUCUUGACCUUGAAGACUGAACUCAGGGAAUGUGUCUUAAAGUCUUGCUGCAUCAGAAUCAUUUUCAAUUUAUGACCUUAUAAGGGACAUGUAGCAAAAUCUAUUUUUAUAAUUUAAUCGUAUGCUGCAUAUUCGCAAAAUUAGGGAAAGAUGCCCUUGAGCAUGUUUACAGAAACUCAGCCUUAUUUAUUAUUCGCACUUUACCUAAAUAAUCACGCUCCACUUUUUUUUCGUGCCAUUCGUUAUUUAAGAACACCGCGUACUUGGUUUUGCGUAAUCAUUUACAGCACCAAAGAUUUUACGAGUUUUCACUUGAACGAGCAGCGACGCUCGAGUUCGAAAUACAUCCGUGCAAAAUAGACGCUCCUUUUUGUAUGGUUUUCUUCUCAGGCUGUUAAAUUAUUUCCGAGCGGAACGUCAACUCUGAACAAAAAACAAACAACCCAAGUUUUUGUUCAUGCAUGAUGCAUAUCUCUCUACUUUUUGUCAAUAUUGUUCCUGCCAAAGAUAUUUAUCCCCCCACACCACUUCCUAUUUCUUGUGCAUAUAUAAUUAGUUAGUCAUUUAAUUUCUACCUUGUGCAAAUAAAACUGAUAUCCCGAA